AAUGAUAUAAAACACAAAGAAUGGCCUGUAGUACUAAUUACUAAUCCUAAACAUGCUUUAUACACAAUGCCCAGGAAAGAAAAUAUAAUGUCUAUUAUUAAAUCUACACACAUUAGGAUAUUGGCAUUCUCUGUAGCAUUGAUAAAAAUUGUUCAGGUCCAAUUAGAUGACAAAGCUUGGCUUGAGUGUGAACAUGUUAAAGGACCACUUUAUGUUUUGAGAUGGAACACAACUGACUACAGAGAGGGAAUACAUACUAUUCGAGUGAAGGUUAUAGACAUAGAUGGAAGAGAAGCAAUAGUAUUUCAGCCAUUUGCUCUUGAUGGGUCACGUUUAUCAUUUCGCAUUUUACCUAGAUUUAUACUUAUGUCUAAUGUCAGUAGCAUUUUCCAAUUUUUGUUUGGCACAGUAUUACUUUUAUUGGUAAUUCCAUUAUGUUUGCUUCGUUUCUUUCAUAUAUUAUGUGAAAGGAAGCAAAUGCACCGACCAAGAUUCAGAAUAAAAUUUUUUCAUUCAUGGUUUAGAAAAUUGUGGAUAUUAUCUACUGUUGAUCGUCUAUUUUUUCCAUUAGUACUAUAUGCAUUAUACUUAACAAUUGGUCCAUGGGCAGUUGGUGAAGUAAUAGAAAAUCAAACAGGCAUAAUUUUUGCUUGGGGGACAUUUAUAGGAAAUUCUUUUUUGCCUGGUGCCUUUACUUACGCUUAUGGAUUUUUUCAAUUAUUUUCCUUCCAUUUACCACUAAUGUUAAUCUUAGCUAAUAGAGUGGAUAAGCGAUUACAAAAUAUUAAACCAAAUGGUAAACCAUUAUCUAAGAUAUGUUUUUUCUUACAAUACUUACCAAUAACGCUAUUAAUUAUGAUGCAAACCUGUAUGGCUUAUUUCUUCUGGUUAGCAUAUGGAACAUUAGCUACCAUAUUAUGUCCUUUACGCACUUGGAGUAUUUUUUUAGCAAUAAUCUUAUGGCAUCAAGUAGAUACAAUGCCGUAUUUUUGUCUAAGGUCUGCUGCAAAAGUAUGGUCUCCUCUUGGUUAA